AUGCGCGUUUCGACAGUCGUUGGGUUGGGGUCUCUUGUCAUCGCUCCCGCCUUUGCCAUCUCAGCUGGCGGCUCCAGGAAGCCUAAAGUCCCAGACAAGCCCCAGGCGUUAAAGAGUCACUUGCUCCAACAGGAGGUCUACCACCGCCUCAAUCACUACCCAGACCAGCAUGUGUACUCACAGGCAGACAAUCGGCCCACCUCAUUUGAUGAACUCCCAAAUCCCUUUGAUCAGCCUAGGCCAAAGCCACCAUCGAAUCGCAAUAAGCCACUCCCUCCACUCCCGCACGCAAGGAGAAUGUUUGCUGAAGAUGCCGAGGUGGGACAAUAUGGCCGUGGCGAGGAAGGGCGAUUCUCCCAUCAGGGCAGUGAGCCCGAUCGCGACGGUAGCAGCCGCGACACCUGGCACCGCACUCGUGCGCUUUUGGUGCGUGCAUUGCUUGAUGCUGAGCUGGACUGA